AUGGAUGGGGUCAAUGGACCCGGGCGGAUCGGACAAGCAUCGAAACUUCAGUCCGGUAAGACGGUUAUUCAGCAUUUCUACGAUGCACACUAUACUGGAGCAGCUGCCGCACAAACAUUUCCCACGAAAUGGGAGACUUUGAAAGACAAAAUUGACGACGAGAGGCCGGUCGUCUGGCGCGAUGCCAUUACUGAGUUCUACCACAAUCUUUCUGGAAUUCCUGAUGACACUGGUCGAGUCGGUACUGAGAAUUAUCCCUGGCGGAUCCAAGGAGAGAAUAUGGACUUGGUCGGAUACACUCCAUACGUAGUGAAUCCAUUCGAGACUGCUUCAAAUUUCACCACGAUUAUUACUACGUCGAACACGACAGCGGGCACCGCCAGCACACACAUCAACUUUCCGACGGGUAAAUAUGACAUUGCAGUGAAUUACUAUGAUGUUAUUGGAGGAAUAUAG